AUGUCCACAGCGCCAGCAGUCCCCGCCAGACGCAACGCCAGCGGCCCCAGCGCGUCGUCGCGCCCCUGCCCCCCAUCGCGCUCGUCGAGACGCAUCCUAAGCGGCGGCCAGCAGGUCGAACUCGGCGGUGGAGCCGGUAUCCUGGGAACGGCCAUUAGCGACGAGCAUGCCUAUGCCCUCCAAGCCCAGACCUUGGCACGUGGGGCUUCACCUGUAUCCGCAGCGUCGGCCGCAUCCUCGGUCCACAGCUACAACCUCUAUUCGUCGCCUGCUGGCUCGCUCUUCUCUACCCCAUCCCCAACAGAAACGGGCUCAGCAAAGGGCAGUAUCAAGAGCGUAACGACUCCCAAGGCCCCCACAGGCGCUACUCAGCCUGGUUCGGUUUCAAACCAAGCCAACACCUGGGGUGGUAGCGUUGCGGGAUCCUCCCGGUCUAUUGCCAGCAGCACCAACACGGCGUCUAGCUCGUCGACAACCCACUCGGGAGGCGCCCUCCGCACCCCGCAGCACUCGAAGCAGCUCGACCACGCGUCGUCGCGCCAGACGACGGCGACCUCGUCCACCAGCCCGACUGCCUCAAAGUCGGCUGCCUACAGGGACGUCCGAUCGUCAAACGACUCGCGCAACACCACGGUCCGCUCCAUCGACAAGGUGCGCACCGAUCCGCCACCUCCUCUGCCCCUUAUGGCCCAAGGACCGCUCCCAGAAACCCCCUCGAGCUCGGCCUCAAACUCGCCAGACAAGCCGUUCUCAAGCGCCGCAUCACGCGUCAAGCCUCGCACCAAAAAGUCGCCUCCCGCCCCCAUCCACACGGGUGGUACCGACGCCGACGCUGAGCACAGGAGUCGAGAGUGGGCCAGGAUUGACGAGUUUGGAAACCACACUUCCCCCACCCAGCGUAACAUGCCUCACACGAUCAACCAUGCCGGCCUCCCCCCACCAGUUCCAUCAAAGUCGCCAGCAAAGCAGCCUCAGGUUGAGCACCGUCCCGUUGAGACGUCGUCCACGUCGACAGACUAUGGAUCCAAGAGAGGACGUCGCUCAGCCGACAUGUUACGAUCGCUCACCCCCACCGGACUCGGCGGUGGCCGCAAGACGCCGACACCGUUGGAACCACAAGAGUACUCGCCGGUUCAGUCGACGUCUUCGCGUCCGUUUGGAACCACUCGCGCCGCUCCAGACCCACCCAAGCAGCCGUCCCUCAGGAUGCGCCGCUCCGCAGACCUCCUUCGUCGUCCUUCCACCGAGCUCCUGAACUUUGGCUUUAGAGAUUCAGCAGCAAAGGAGGCAGCAAAGGAGCAGAAGGCUCUCCAGCAGCGUUCACUUGGUGUCUCCGCGGGUGAAGCUGUGGCUGCCGAUGGUCGUAGGACGCCGGUUUUGUCGCUCAAGAAGAGCUCGGGCGCGCUCCGUGCGCUCUUCCGUGGAAAACCAAAGGAUGCCCAGCAAGCACAGGACGUUCCCGACAUGCCAGCGCCGCCUCGCGCGUCCAUCAGUGACCUGUUCCGACCGACGCCGACGCUCUCGACGCCGUCGACGAAUGUCUCGACAUUGUCGUCCCGCAGCCGCACUCCUUCGUCCCCUGGCGGAGCGCUACCGAAUGACCGCAAGACGUUCCCCGUCCCCCCUCACCUCCAGCGCUCGGCCUCGGACACCGGCCCUGCCUCGCCUCCACGUGUUCGCGGCAAGUCGACCCCCCGUGCGCUCGCUCCUUCGCGCGAGCUCCCACCGGUGCCGUCGCCAGAGGGUUCGCCACGCUCGUUCAACAGCUACGACCAGUCACCUGUUAACGCCCUGCUCAAUGCCACUCCUGUCACUGCGACGCCGGAGCUGCCCCAGCCGUCGGUUAGCCCCUCGGGCUCUGAUGGUGCUCGCUCUACUGGCUCGGCUUCCACUGUCCGCCAGGUCGCCGAGGUCUCGUCGUCAUCGUCCAGGCAGCAGUCGUCGCCCCAGUGGACGCCUUCAAAGGAGUCUCCUGCCGACUGGUCCCCUACCCCGUCGCCCGGACCUGAAGAAGAAAACGACUGGUCGCCGAUCAAGCCGUCCAGAUCACUGCACCUGCUGCAGCUGCCAGACCUCGACUUGAGCUUUGACAUGGGCUUUGACGCGAUCAACCUCAGCUCGCCGACAACCCCUCGCAAGGUGUCACCCCGGUCACGCCGCAGCUCGCUCGAUGUCAGCUCUCCUAGCACCCAGUCGCCUACGCGUUCGCGCUCGAUUAACAACGACCGUCUGCAGCCUCCUAGGACCGAGGCAGAGCGCGCGCUCCGUGCCGAACGCCGCCGCUCGCAGUCAUUCGAUGGACCUGGGUCGGGCCAGGAGGACCCCUGGCGCGCCCAUGCUCACGACGAGUCGUGGGUCACGCCCCAGAUGAUGAAGCUGUUCUCGCCCAGCUCGUCAUCGGCCCCCCUCCUGUCUGCUUCCUCAGAGCUCAACACGUCCGCUCCCGAUUUCAAGUCUUCCACCACGUCUCUCGGCCCAGCCCUGUCUGUUUCAGACACUGAUUCUGCGUCCACACAUCCAUCGGGUAGAUCUAGCGGGCACGAGAGGACGCCUUCAGGGAGCAGCUCAACCCACGAGACGAGCUCGCCUUCCCCGCCCCGAACGCCCGAAGACGCACACUCUGCCUUCAUGGGUCUCCCGCCCUAUGGCACUGACAAGGCUGCGGUUCUUGAGCCUCCUAUCGAGCUUGGUGCGCCUCUUGUCGUCCUCGGAGCUCCCUUCACGCCCACCCCUGCGCCUACUGCUGUUCCCGUCCCACCAAAGGACGAGGCACCAGUCAUUGCUGCUCCUGUGGCGCCGCUCCCUCCGGCGCCGCCUGUGCUCAAGAAGACUCGUGCGAGAAUCGACAACCCCGCCAAGCCGCCAAAGGAGUCGCUCGACCCGACGGAGCCUGCGCAGCUGCCCCCGAUGAAGGCGCCGUUCAAGGCUCGCGAGACUGCUCGCGCUCUGGUUCACCAGGCCGCCCCCAUCAUCCCCGACCCCAGCAUCUCUACGCCGGCGAUUACCCACGAGCUCGAGCACGCUCUCGACAACUUCCGCUACCCCAUGCAGGGAGGUGGCGCCGAGCGUUCCAUCAUCAUUCGCAACGAGCUCCUGCCCUUGCUUGCCGAGGUCGACAAGCGCACCUACGACGAGCGCGACGAGAAGUCGAACCGCGAACUGCGUGACGUCUGCUUUGAGUGGGCUGAUGCGCUGCUGUUCGAACUGCGUGUCGAGCAGCCUGCAAACGAGCGUGGCGCGUGCCUCGAGGGUCUCGCGUCGAUCCUUGAGAGCUCGUGCCUUUCGGCCGCCGCCCUCGACGUCUCGCGCAUGCACACGGACGCCUUUGUGCAGCUCACCAUGCGCGUCAUGAACUUUGUCAUGGACAAGCUGGGCGCCAAGGGCGUUUUCCACAACACGCUGCUGUUCAGCGGCCGUUUCUUGGCAUUUGCAUUCUUCCGUGUCCCCCAUGUUGGCGCCCAGCUCACCGGCGUGCUGCACCCGCCACGCGGUGCGCUUAUGCGCUUCACUCGCCCCGUCCUCGCUGGCCAGACAAACAUCCCUGCCGAGGCCCGCCCGACCUACCCAGCUCACCUGCAGUCACUGUGCUUUGACAACUCGACCGCGUACACUCGCAGACUCACGACCCACGUCCCCGUGUUCGAGACUGCGGCCGAGAAGGAGGCGUUCCACUUCCAGCCUGGCAACUGGCUGCGUCGCUGGCAGUCGGACGACUCGGAGCUGUUCCCGGCCUUCUACCGCUCCUACCAUCGCCAGCUGGCCCUCUACCUCGCGCCUGUUGUCGAGUACUACCAGGCGCAGGGCAAGCCCGUCCCGGCGUACGUCCUACUCCGCGCCCCCGGUUACGCCCAUCUCGCGACGAUCUUCGCCAAGAAGUGCCACUCGUACAUCCUCGGUUCGGUCAACGCCGUCACGACGUCGUCCUCGGCCCAGCAGUUUGACGCCACCGAGUCGGCCGGCUUCCGCAGCAGCUCCAAGCCCGCUGUGCUUGAAACGGCCAACAGACGGUUGGUCGAGACACUGUGGACGUUUACGUCGUCGCUCGUCAUGAUCCCUUGCGCGGACGGCCGCGUUCUCGAGUGUGAGGGCACGCAACUGUGGGGCGACAUGAUCGAUGUGUGGACCAAGAGCUUGAUCACCAAGACGAGUCUGUACGCCCCCAAGGGCGUCUUCUGUUUGUUUGACUUGCUCGACGGUGUCGUCGACCCUGUCGUGGUCGGUGGCACCAUCUCUCCCCUCGAUGUGCCCUACCUCAUUGGCCUUGUGCGGACGAUCCUCAACAACGCCGAGCACGCCCUUACUCUGGUCAAGGUCAUUGCCUUCGUCUUCACCCACUGGGAGAUCCUUACCGCCAAGCCCGAGGACCGCAGAGAACUGUGUAUCGACAUUCUGCUCCAGAGGGACCUGUUUGAGAGACUUUUGCUCUUCUGGUCUCAGUCGGUUCGCUCCUACGUCCUCCGUCUUGUCGUGUUCCGUCUCGGCCACUUGCACACGACUGAGGCGGACGGACAUGCGUACAACGUUGAACUCGAAUCGGUUGGCCUGCUCCAGACCCGCCUCGACAGGAUCAAGAAGCGCUACGACGAGCUUGAGCCUAGGCCAAUGUCCGAGAUUGAGGAGCCGCCUCGCACGCCUACCAACCCCGGCUUCCCUCGCAGUCGCAGCACCAUCACCAUGGUCACCGACUCGCCGCAGACGGUCAGCCGGUCCGAGAAGCUGAUGGGUCUUGGGCUAGUUCCCGAGGAGAAGGAGGCGGCCGCGCCCAAGGCGGCGUCGUGGUGGAAGCGCCUUGGUGGCAAGCCUGCCAAGGAUGGCAAGCUUGCGCCGCCCAAGGACGCCAAGUCGGGCAAGAAGAGCAAGAAGAACUCGCCCACGGCGACGCCUUCGCCGUCCAUGUCUGACUCGUCGCCUACGCUUGCUUCGCCUCUGCUGCCACCUGCUACCCUGCAUUCGCCUCACUCGCCGCACUCGCCCAACCAGAGCUCGCCGCUGUCGAGGCCUGCCAAGCUGGACAACAGCCCGCUGCUUGCACCAAGCCCGCUGCCAUCUUCCGAGUCGUCGCCAGUGCCCUCGUCCAACUCGUCUUCCGAGUCGGCACCGAGCUCGACCCCGUCCAGCGGGCCCUCGCCGCCUCGGGCAAGAAAGGCACCGCCGCCUCACAUCACGACGCCGGCGUCUUCCAAGCCCGAGCACUCGGCUCUUGCCAAGGCGCAGUUUGCGUUCGAGUUUGAGCUGCCGACUGCUUCGCCCAGAAGUGACACUUUCGACCCCACCCCGGCACCGGGCUCGCCGCGCCGCAACUCGCAGCCGCCUAGCGCGCCCACGUCGCCGCACAUGUCGCACUCGUUCUCGAAGCGCUCGUCGCUGCUGCCACCCCCUGCGGCGAAUGCCCUUGAUGCUCUUGGCGCGGACACGCUCGCCAAGCUGACGAGAAACGCGGCAAUCAUCGACCCGGGCUACCCCAAGCGGCUACACGCGUACGCGAUUCGUAUGCUCGCCGAGCUCGAGGAUGCGCAAAAGGAGUAUGAUGAAUGGUGGGCCGACGGCGGUAUUGGCAAGGUGGACGGCGCUCCACCUCGCCUUGCUGUUGCUUGGCCUUUCCACGAAGGAGAGGACUGA